AUGUGCCAGCCCGUGCCAGCCGACCUGCCCCUUCCCAGAGCAGAAGCAGAUCUGUGCCCACCGUUUGUGUGGGAGACCUGUGUGUGCGAUAAGGGCUAUGUCCUGAGCGCCGGCGUGUGCGUCCCAAAAGCAAACUGCGGCGGCUCCUAUCAGGGCGCUACUACAAACCAAGUCAACGCUAUCUGGGAAGGCCCGGCUGUGGGCGCCUCUGUGAGUGUGACACGGACUCGGGGAUGGUGGUCUGCAAUGAGGCUUCAUGCGCGGACAAUGAGGAGUGCUCUGUGGUGGAUGGGAUCCGUGCUUGUCGGCCCACAAGCUUUGCCACAUGUACAGCCGAGGGAGACCCUCACUACAUGA